AUGGACCACUCCACAGUGGAGAAGAACCAAUAUGGGUCCCACGAUGUUGAAGUCACAAAGACGCACUCCAUGACCGGAUGGCACGAAAUCGAUCUAUCUGGCGGCAAUCAAUUAGAGCGAGGUCUAAAGAGUCGGCACAUCCAAUUCUUAGCGCUGGGUGGCGCGAUUGGAACUGGUCUCUUCAUCGGCUCCGGCGCCAUCUUGAAUACUGUUGGCCCUGCGCCUCUCCUCAUGGCGUAUCUUUGCAUGAUGCUUCUUGUCUGGAACGUGAUGAAUUGUCUCGCUGAAAUGGUUACUUACCUGCCACUCAAGGGAAUCUCCAUCCCCUACUUUGUCAACCGCUUCGUAGACGACAGCCUUGCUUUCGCAGCCGGGUACAACUACUGGUAUGCAUACGCAAUCUUGGUUGCUGCAGAGGCUAGCGCUGGGGCUAUCAUUCUCUCUUACUGGGCUCCCAAAGUUUCCGCUGGCGUGUGGAUCGCUAUCUUCCUGGUUUUGGUCCUAGCACUGAACAUUAUCGCUGUCUCGUUCUUUGGAGAAGCCGAGUUCUGGUUCGCGAGUAUAAAGCUCAUCACGAUCAUCGGAUUGAUCAUCUUGGGCAUUGUGCUCAUGCUAGGCGGAGGACCUAACCGUGACCGGCUGGGUUUCCGGUACUACAAGUAUCAGAACGGCUAUGGUGCUUUCAAUGAAUAUCUGGUGCCGGGUAAUACCGGCAAGUUCCUUGCAUUCUGGACUGCCUUCUCUCGCGCAGGAUUUGCAUUCAUCACGUCUCCGGAGCUCAUUGCCAUUUCAGCAGGAGAAACUAUUGCUCCUCGCCGCAACAUCCCCAAGGCUGCUCGAAGAUUCAUCUACCGUUUGGCGGUCUUCUAUGGGCUAGGAUCUUUCGUCAUCGGUGUCAUCGUUCCUAGCAACGACGGAGCUCUUCUAGGUGCGGGCAACGCUUCUGCGUCUCCAUUUGUCUUGGGCAUCAAGAAUGCCGGAAUCGAAGGACUUGAUCACGUCAUCAACGCUGCGGUACUAACCUCUGCUUGGUCUGCUGGUAAUGCGUUCCUGUACUCUGGUUCUCGUGUACUAUUUUCAAUGGCACUCUCCGGACAGGCACCUGGCUUCCUCAAAAGGACCACCAAACGCGGAAUCCCAUUCGCAGCGGUGCUGACCACUUGGGCCGUUGGACUGCUUGCCUUCUUGACGCUUAGUGAGACUGGUUCGACGGUCUUCCAAUGGUUCAGCAACAUCUCGACAAUCUCUGGCUUCAUUGCAUGGAUCAUCGUGAUGUUCACAUAUCUUCAAUUCCGAAAGGCCAUGGAGUACAACCAGAUGCUGCAUGUGCUCCCAUACAAGACUAAAUUGCAACCAUACGCAACGUGGGCCACCCUUUUCAUCCUGAUCAUCCUUACCUUGACAAAUGGCUUCCAAGUCUUCUUCCCUGAAAACUGGCAAGUAUCCUCCUUCAUUGCUGCAUAUGUUACUAUUCCGAUCUUCCUUGUGCUCUACCUUGGCCACAAGCUUUACUCUGGCAAGAAACAAGGCUUUCGCAACAUCUCCUGGGCGCGAAAGGUUCAUGAGAUUGAUGUCUUGUACGGGAAGAGGGAGAUGGAUGAGCUAGAAGCGAUGGAUGUACCUCCAGUGCCGAAGAAUCUCUUGCAGAAGAUGUGGUUCUGGGUUGCAUAG